AUGGCCCCAGGGACCUCAAGCCAGCACCUGCUCCUCCAGCCGUUCCGCGCGCCCCCGGCUGCCGCGCGGGGUCCGUUCCUCUCCGCUUCCCGGGAGCAGGGGGCCCCCGCGGCGUCCUGGGACUCACAGGCAGGGCCCGCGUGGGCGCUUCUCGGCUGUGGUGGCGCACGUCCCCAGGUGUCCGACACCCUGCCCGAGGCCAGCGUUCUUCGCCGCCUCGGGCUAGGCGGGGCUCAGCCCCCUCUCCCGCCCGAGUCCCCCGCGGCCGAGGCCCCCGCCCGCGGCCGGCUCCGGGAGCCUCGCCCGUCUGCCCCUCCAAUGGAGAAGCCCAGCUCCCCGCACUGCCGGGCGGCUCCCGCGGGAGGGGGCGCGGCCGCCCCCGCGGCUCCACCCUCUCGGCGGGGCGCAGCCAGCUGGGGCCCCUGCCAGUCGCGUCCGCUUCGGGGCCCGCGCCGAGCUCGCGCCCCGCUCGCGCGGAGGAAGAGCGCUGUGGCAGGGACCUGGCCUUCCCGGCUCCGCACUAGGCGCUCCCCUGCCUGCUCGGUGCGGGAGCCGGGCGCUGAGAUGACCCGAGGGGGCGGUGGCUGUUCUCUGAGCCUGGGUGGAAGCGCAUGGCUGUGGACUCGGGCGCCCCUAGCACCUCGGCGACCCUUCGGGAACGGGGACCGGAGCCCCGGAGACGGCGGGCAAGAUCUGCAGCUGGAAGGGGGUGCCUUGGGGUCCUGGGGAAGUGCCCCCCUGUCCUCCAGGGCCAGGGGACCAGCAUCGUCAGGCAGGAAAUACUCAGACCACUGUGAGGCCAGGGCCUCAAGGCCUGGAAAGAGCCGCAUCCCCGGCCGUGACCACCGGCGCUACUACCACGACCACUGGCGGCUGGAGUACCUGAUGGACUUCAACCCUGCCCGGCACGGCAUGGUGUGCAUGGUGUGCGGCAGCUCCCUGGCCACGCUAAAGCUCAGCACCAUCAAGCGGCACAUCCGCCAAAAGCACCCCUACUCCCUGCAUUGGAGUCCCCGAGAGAAGGAAGUCAUCAGCAACAGCUGGGAUGCCCACCUGGGGCUGGGGGCCUGUGGAGAGGCCCAGGGCCUGGGGGCCCAGGGCGCUGAGGAGGAGGAGGAGGAGGAAGAGGAAGAGGAGGAAGAGGGGGCCAGCCUCCCAGCUUGCCAGCCCAAGGGCCCAGGCAAAGCCCCAGCUGGUGGGGGUGGCCGGCGCCAGCGGCGAGGGGGCCCAGUGGCACCUCGGGCUCGGCAUCGGGCCUCCCGGAGGGCCGGGGGCAGCAGGGGGCAGGGGGCCCGGCGCCUGGAGCGAAGGCUGAAGGAAUCCCUGCAGAACUGGUUCCGGGCUGAGUGUCUCAUGGACUAUGACCCACGGGGGAACCGGCUGGUGUGCAUGGCCUGUGGCCGGGCACUGCCCAGCCUGCACCUGGACGACAUCCGUGCCCACGUGCUGGAGGUGCACCCCAGCUCCCUGGGGCUCAGCGGCCCCCAGCGCAGCGCCCUGCUGCAGGCCUGGGGUGGUCAGCCCGAGGUGCUGCCUGAGUUCACCCAGCCCCCAGCAGACGACAGCCUCAUCCCCCAGGACCUGACCAGAAAGAGCCAGGACUCGGCCCCCGCUGCCAGAGCCCCCUCCUCUCAGGAUCUCGGCCCCUCAGACGUAAAGGAAGAGGCUGGCUGGGUCCCUGAGAGUCCCAGGCCCGCACAGGAGGAGGAGCUGGAGGAGGGCGAGAGGGCUGGGGUUCCGGGCCGGCCGCCGCGGGGCCGCGACCACCGCCGCCACUACCAGGAGCGCUGGCGGCUGGAGUACCUCAUGGAGUUCGACGGUGGCCGGCGCGGCCUGGUGUGCAUGGUGUGCGGCGGCGCGCUGGCCUCGCUCAAGAUGAGCACCAUCAAGCGGCACAUCCGCCAGCGCCACCCGGGCUCCACGCGCCUCAGCGGGCCCGUCAAAGCCCUCAUCGCGCAGGAGUGGAGCGAGAAGGCCGCUCACCUGCUGGCCCUGGGGCUGCCCUGCCCCGAGUCCCCCCGGGGCCCAGCCGCCCCCAGCACAGCCUCAGCCAACGAGCAGGGUGGGGCCGAGGAGGAGGAGCAAGAGGAGGAGGAGUGGUGGGGCGACGUCCCGCUCUCCCCGGGGGAGCCGUCGGAGCGGCCCGCCGAGGAAGAGGAGGAUGAAGACGACGGUGCGGAGCUCGGGGGGCUCGCCUUCCCGCCCCUGCCCCCGCCGCCGCCACCACCGCCUCCCCCGCCGCCGCCCCGCAGCCGAGAGCAGCGACGGAACUACCAGCCACGCUGGCGGGGCGAGUACCUGAUGGACUACGACGGCAGCCGGCGCGGCCUGGUAUGCAUGGUGUGCGGCGGCGCGCUGGCCACACUCAAGGUGAGCACCAUCAAGCGGCACAUCUUGCAGGUGCACCCCUUCUCCAUGGACUUCACGCCUGAGGAGCGCCAGACCAUCCUGGAGGCCUACGAGGAGGCGGCGCUGCGCUGCUACGGCCACGAGGGCUUCGGGCCGCCAGCCCCCGCUCCGCGCGACGGCAGCGCCGACCUCAAGCCGGAAGCCAAAUUGGCCUCCAAGUGUUAG